AUCUUCCUCUCUCUUCAUCUUAUUUUAUUUCAAUUUUGUUUUUUCAUUGUUCCCUUCUCUCUCUCUCUCUGUGUUUAAAUGAAUGAAUGCUGAUUAAGCCCCAGAAGUUCUUUGCUCAUCUUUCGCUAAACCUUUCAUAAAGAACCAAAAUUCAGAUAGAUUCAUUCAAAACAACUCAGUUUCAUAUAAGUGGAUAAGAAUCCUCUUAUAUUCUUAAUCCACUCCUAGUUUCAAGGGACAAUUCCCUUAUAAAAAUCUAAUCUCAAAUGCUUUCUCUUCACUCUUGUUUUUGUUCUUCUUGAGCUCAAUUACCAGUUAGUAAUUUAAUAAGUAUUAGUUCAUGGACUACUUGAGUGAAAUAGAAGGAAAACAAGCUCAUGAUCCCAUGUUUUUGGAGAAGAUGAAAGAGUCAUCGUCGUCGUCGUCUAGUUGCUUAUGUGUUCCGGGGCCAGUUAUCGUCGGCGCCGGGCCUUCGGGUUUAGCAACCGCCGCUUGCUUGAAAGAGAAAGGUGUUCCGAGUGUAAUCCUAGAGAGAUCCAACUGCAUAGCAUCUUUGUGGCAACUCAAGACGUAUGACCGUCUUCGUCUUCAUUUGCCGAAGCAGUUUUGUGAGCUUCCUUUGAUGGGGUUCCCUACUGGUUUCCCUACUUACCCUAGCAAGCAACAAUUCGUGGACUACUUGGAAGCUUACGCUAGGAAGUUUGAUAUUAAGCCUAGGUUCAACGAGACGGUUUCACAAGCUGAGUAUGAUCCGACGCUGGGGUUUUGGCGCGUGACAAGUGUUGGGGUUAAAGGGAAAGAGAUGGAAUACGUGUGCCGGUGGUUGGUGGUGGCGACGGGAGAGAAUGCGGAGGCGAUGAUGCCGGAGAUGGAAGGAAUGGGGGAAUUCAGUGGGGACAUAAGGCAUACAAGUUUAUAUAAAAGUGGAGAAGAGUUUAGAGGGAAAAGGGUUUUGGUGGUGGGGUGUGGGAAUUCAGGCAUGGAGGUGUGUUUGGACCUUUGCAAUCAUAAUGCUAGGCCUUCACUGGUGGUCAGAGAUACAGUCCAUGUCCUCCCACAAGAGAUGCUAGGGACAUCAACAUUCGGAUUAUCGAUGUGGCUGCUCAAGUGGUUUCCCUUGCGACUGGUCGACCGUUUCCUGUUGAUUGUAUCAUGGUUGAUGCUCGGUGAUACUUCUCGCUUCGGAUUGGCUCGUCCGCACUUGGGUCCCCUUCAACUCAAGAAUCUGUCGGGAAAGACCCCCGUUUUAGAUGUUGGCACGCUUGCUAAAAUCAAAAGUGGAGACAUUAAGGUACGUCCGAGCAUCAAGAGCCUAAAACGACAUGCUGUGGAGUUUGUCAAUGGCACAACUGAGAACUUUGAUGCAAUCAUAUUAGCAACCGGUUAUAAAAGCAAUGUACCCUCUUGGCUAAAGGAAAAAGUGAUGUUCUCAGAGAAAGAUGGGUACCCUCGAAGGCCAUUCCCUAAUGGAUGGAAAGGUGAAUAUGGGCUAUACGCGGUGGGGUUCACUAAACGUGGACUGCUAGGUACAUCAAUGGAUGCUAUCAGGAUUGCAGAAGACAUUCAACGGUGUUGGAAUGAAGAGGCAAAGCAUCGUUUGGCAUUCACUAAUUCACUGCUGCACCAAUCAUCAUCAUUAUGAUCCUUCAGAUUUUGUUCUUUCCGAAGUUUUUGAAGUGAGAUAAGAGACAUACAGAUUUUGGUUGAAGAUAACAACUAUACAUACUACAUAACCUAUCCUAAUUCCCUACCUGGCCUUUGUAUCCAAACACCUACAAGUGCGAGGUUUGAUUCUUCAAAUGACAAGAAGAAGAAAAAAGAAAGAAAGAAAAGAGAGAAAAAAGGGAGAGAGUUGUCUCAAUGAACCCUUCAUCUUGAAUGCGAAGAUGACACCAGAUAAGGCAGCAGCCAGGCCUUCGGAAGGAGGAAGAUUAAAGGAGUUGAAUUUCAAAGUGUUAAGAGAAAAAGGGGUUGAUGUUGUUUUGGAUUGUGGAAGGGGGGACCUUAGACUAUAUAUCUUAGAUAUUGUACAUUGCCAUUUCAUUUUUCUGUAAUUAGGCAUCACUUUUCUUUAUCCGCAAAGAGAGGAAAAAAAAGAAGAAGAAGAUAGAUUUGUCAGAGCAAGCUGAAUAUAUGAUGUUUGAUAUUUGUUUUUGCAAAGCAAUAUAAUGGUGUUUUUCAA